UGCCUCACUCUCUUCCCAUAUUCCUUCCUGUGCGGAUCGUCCUCUACAUUUCUCCGACUUCAAAGUUCUGAGAAGUUGACCAACAGUUUUCGAACUUAUAUUUCCAAUCCACCAAGUCUCCACCCCACACAGAAUUCUACUGAACAAGAUGGCUGACAGAGUGAAAGAACUCACGAAGCAGAUGGACGACGUGAGGAUGUCGUCGCCAGUGAAGAAGCGGCCACACCUCCCGCUCACUGAGGCCCGACCACUCCGCGUGAAAGGCGAGCCUCGACUCGACGUGAAAAAGAUUUCAAUCGUGGUGAAUCACUAUCCCGUCACCUUCGAACGAAACUUUCCCCAAACGCUUACGACGCAGUAAUUGAGAAUGUGGAAAAUCGUAUCGUCCGACCAGACAGCUGCCGCCGCCGCGAAGAAGAGGAAAGAUGCUCAGGUGUUGAAAGCGGCGAAGGAAGGGCGCGAGAUGGCUGGGCUCCCCGACCGAAUGCUGCCCAUCAUCUGGAAGGAAUUUGAGACCCAGUGCCAGGCCACGCUUAGAGCCACGACUCCCUUCGAUGGGAAAAAGAACGUCUACACAGCCAGACGUCUACAACUUCCGAAUGGGGACGCCUUCACGGCCACUUUUGACAUGGAUGAUCCAGACGACCCGGACAAACGGAGGCGAUUUCGAGUCACGAUAAAACUGGUCGCGACAGUUGCCACCAACUCGGUGAUCGAGUUUCUUGGAUCAGGGCUGGAGAGGGGCAAACAGGUUGUCCAGCCUCAGGAUGUGAUCCAAGGCCUCGACGUCCCCCAUCAAUGCACUUCAUCAGCUGCAACCGCAGCUUCUUCAAUCCUUUCCCACAGAACAGACAUCCGCUGGAUUCAAUGUUGGAGUUGCUGCACGGCCACUAUCAGUCGUUGUGCCUCGGAUCCGAAAAUACUGCUACUCUCAAUAUUGAUUUGGCGACCAAGGCGUUCUAUAAACAAACGCCACUUGCAGAGUUUGCUCGCAGUGUUUUAAAGUUGCACAAGGAUGACUCGCUCGACCUUGUUUGUUGGGACGACCGAACGAUUGAUGUGGUCUCGGAAGCUUUGAGAGGCAAACUCAUCAAAUAUGGAACAGGACGUUGCAAUCAGAAAGGUGUCUACGAGAAGUACCACCAAUUCACGGCGAAUGGGCUGAUCUUGCGGUCCGCGGAAAAUUACGAGUUCAACAUGACAGACGAAAAGGGCAUCACAAGGUCAAUCAACAUUGUCCAAUACAUGCAAAAAUUCAAGAACACGACCAUUCGCUUCCCCAAAUGGCCCGUGGUGCAUAUUGGGAAUAAGAACAUGACGAACUACGUUCCACUCGAGCUGUGCAUGAUCAUCACGCAGCCGUAUCGCAGAAAAAUGGAACCCAAGCUCACGAGCGCUAUGAUCAAAGGCGUUGCCAUCGAGCCAGUGGCUCGUUUCAAGGCAAUCGACCAAGCGAGAAAAGGAAGUUCUUCGAAACCAACCGAGCUUAUCCCACGCGCAUCAAAGUUUUAUCGUGACUCGAAAUCGCCUCCGUUUGUCCGGGUCAUCUGGAUCGUCCAUGUCGAAAGUGGCCGUGAAGGCGUCCCCAUUCGGAAGUUGUAGACGUCUGGCUGUGUAGACGUUCUUUUUCCCAUCGAAGGGAGUCGUGGCUCUAAGCGUGGCCUGGCACUGGGUCUCAAAUUCCUUCCAGAUGAUGGGCAGCAUUCGGUCGGGGAGCCCAGCCAUCUCGCGCCCUUCCUUCGCCGCUUUCAACACCUGAGCAUCUUUCCUCUUCUUCGCGGCGGCGGCAGCUGUCUGGUCGGACGAUACGAUUUCUACAUUCUCAAUUACUGCGUUAUAAAUUUUACGACGCAGUAAUUGAGAAUGUGGAAAUCGUUACGAUUCGUAAUGAUACAGCGUUUGUGGAAAAUUUGGUGGCUUACCGAGCUCAACAUCUUCUCGAGAGGGAGGGUGAGAAGGCUGACUUGGUCGAUCUCGCCGAAAAGUUGACAAUUCAUCCCGACUUGGCCAAACGCUAUUCGAUGUUCUUCGUAUAAAGUAUGGAUCUUAAACUACACGACUUCAUAAUGAUAAUUGGAUUGAUAAAGUCGAUUUUCUAUUAUUCUUCCAUUGUUGUUAAUAUUUUUAUUUACUUAUUUAUUUUGUUGAAGUCAUUUUAUUGACUGUUUUGGAUUUAUUUCAUGUAAAAAGAUUCUUUUACUGUCAUUUAGAUUACUUUUAAUUCAUGGCAGUUUAAAUUAUAACUCAUUUUAAAGUUUAGAAUAAUUUAGUGAAGUUGUCACAAAAAUAUGUUACAACUAUUUAGACAUGUGCAAUAAAAUAUGGCAUACUAAAAAUUGCUAAAUUGUUAUAAAUUGCAUGCAUAGAUUCCUCCACUACUGGAGACCACUUUGACAUUGAUACAUACCAGACUAAUUAAAUUAUGCAAUAGUGUGACGACUUUUAAGACAGUAUGUUUUGUUACGUCUACUGUUGCUGAAAUGUUGCAGAAAGCUCAACAGCUUUGUCAAUCAAAUUCUCAUGCAUGACAUUCACGUUGUUAUCGCACAAAUUGUCAACGGCCUUGCAUGCCUAUACUGCACACACACACGUACCACGCCAUGCGCAAAGUUAUCAUUAAGAAUAAGAUGAGUUUAUGUUGUUGAUUUCUUAAAACGUGAUAGAAUCGAGAUAAAAAUGAGUUGCAUUAGUAAGCCCUAUUUUCGGUGUGGAAUUCAAUGCAAUACAAGUUAAAAAUACACAUCCGAAGCAAGAACUCUCUCUUCUUCCAGCUCCAGACAAGUACAAAACUUUUAAUAUUUUGUGACUACUAUUUCCUCGCCCUACCGACCUUUUCGUCGUCACUGUAAAUAAAAAUGCUCAUGCUCAAAACAGAUUUGUGGAUGCACUAUUUAGUUGGCAAAUCACUCCUUGCCAUCGUAGUAUUUCUCCUGAAAAAAAGUAACUAUAUUGACAACACGGUUGUCUCCUCCGUUUAUUUAUCGUGUGGGCGUCAAUUCAACAACGCUUGUCCAUGGGACGACAUUCGCUAAUCUAGAAAUGACAACAGUUAUAUAAUAACAGCACAUAAACUGUUUACUCAAGUUCUAUUAUUGUCCCCCGACUCCCACGAUGUUGGUAAAAUGGCCUGAAAUCGCUUUUACGAAAUUAUUUAAACUAAUAAUUCGCCCGUCUUUCUUUGCGUAAGUAAACGUAAAAAAAUAAUUUCAUACACGAUACAAGGUUGCCAUCAAGGUUUUUCAGGUAUUGACAGGAGUUCGGAAAUUAUGGCUGGCAUGCGAAGGCGACGGUAUGCAUGAGACGGUUUCUUGUUAUCGUAUGAGGUGUAUGAUGCCGUUGUUUAGAUCUGUUUAAGCAGUGGCAGAGAUAAAAAAUAUAUGUCCGCCACAUCUCAGCAACAGAUUACCGUGGCCUUAGUCGAAGUGGAGGCGAAGAUACUGAGUAAUGUUUCAGAACGAGGAUGAUAAGCUUUGCAAUUGUGGGUGUGUGCCAUUCCUUGGUGGUAAGUGUAUAGGUAAGUGUAAGUGUGAAUGUAAAAAAAAACGUGCUUUCACCCACAAUUCCGAGCACGAGUUGUCCCAUACAAUGUUGGUACAGUACUAUUCGAGCUCUGGAACAUCCAACCAUCAUUUGAUGUUUGAUAUGUGAAAAUAAUGGUAAGACUUGGAUUUGAUUUUUGAGUGAGACACGCGACGACGAACGUGUUGGCGAUAUUAUUCUGCAUGAGAAAAAUUAAGGACACAAUUUGUGAGAGCACUGAUCAUGAAG